AGCAAAUGCAAAGCAAAAUUUGUGUAUAUUAAAAUGUGUGUAAAUUGAAAUAGAAAAGAGCCUAAAUUAAUCUAUCAAUCCAUCAAAGAAAAUAUAAAUUAAUUCAUUGGAAGUUGGAAGGCUUUGGUAGCGUAAAGUGUUUUCGUAAUUUUUUCCACUUGAAAAAACUUCAACGAGUGCGUCAGGGGAAACGGAAGAAAGUGAAGUAGCAGUGUGUGUUAAGCAGUAGGCGAAGAGAGCACAGUAAUUACAUACUUGCGACCCAACCUCAUUGUGUUGAGCAACAACAAAUACUAGUAUAACAAAAAUUUUCAAAAGAACAAAAACACAAAAACAAAAUGUCUUAAGAGUGCGCACUCAGAAUACGGGUAGCAGCGUGUGUGUGUGUGACGACGACUCUGAUAUCGCGAGUUCGGUCUGACCUUUUCAACGACUCCAAAUCUGCUGCUACUGCUGCUGCCCUCUCUGCACCCAUUAUGUUAUUUACCUUGUAACCGUUAUUGAUGCGUGUGUUUAAUUUAGUUGCCUGAUAAAUUAUCGAAUACCUUCUUCGUAUGGUCGUAAAGCAAGCAGAAAGUGAAUUUUUUUCGACGUUGUCAAGGCAUUUAAAGGAAUCGCAAUCGUUUUUUUUUUUUUGUAUUUUAUUCUACCAGUAGUUUGUCCUCUUUAUCCUGCGGAGGAAAGUUUUCACGCAUACACACGCGAAAUCAGUGAAAAAAUGGUAACGAUGACUUCAGAGGUGGACAAAACGCAAACUACAAUCGUCAUGGCUGCCAAGUCUGCUGCCGAAAAUGUUGCUAUCACCAACAAUUCAAUGCAGUCCGAGGAGUUGACACAACGCCAUCACAGCACGCUUGAGGGUGUUGAUGGUGUUGAUGGUAUUGCAGGGACUGGAAAUGCGAAUAGCGUCACAGGCAAUAAUAUUAAUGAAGCAAAAGCGGCGGCCAACGCACCACCCACAACAAACCUAGCAACUACAGUGACAAAUUUGAAGCCUUUAGAGUUGUCAAGUGUUACGAUAUCCAUUGAAUUGGCUAGUGAAGAUGAGUCCUCAACAGCUGCAACACCAGCUAGUGGCGUGGAAGCGUCUGUAAGCAUAACUACAGCACCAGUCACACCAGCCACACCAACCACACCAACUACGCCAACCACACAGCAAGCAGUAACACCCAAAGCGCCAACUUCGCCCAUAGCUGCUGUAGCGGCUGAUAUACCUACAGCCACCGCCACAGACACAGCCCCGAUGUCCCCAACAGAAACUGCAAUAGAGUUAGUAGCAACAACAACGCUGGCAAACACUGUUGCUGCUGUUAGUGAAACAACUGUUACUGCAGCCAUAAAAAGUGACAGCACAACCACAAUAAGUGAGUGCAUUGUUGCCUGCAGUAAGGAAAAUAGCAACAAUACCGACAUCACAACAAGUACCGCAACGUCGGCAACACAUGCGACCUAUGUCACGCUGGUCACUGGCGCAGGCACUUCGUCUACAGCCGCAUCCACCGCCAUCACUACAGCAGCAUCGGUAACAGCAACAACGGCGUCAACGACAAAAGUGAGUUUCAGCGUGAAUAGCGCCACAAAUAGCACCACAAGCAACAGCACGUGCACGUCCAGUACGAAUAGCACCAGCAGUGUGACGAGCAUAUCCGCGCCGGCUGCCGCAGGUGGUGGUGUCACUGGCAAUGGCAGUGAAAGUGGCAACAGCGCCAAUUUGAGUGUGGGCGGCAGUCAUCAUCAUCAUCAGCAUCAGCAUCAUCAUCAGUCUCAACAUCAGCAAAACAGCCAGCAUGGGAAGUCGUCAGCCGGCAGUGGCAGUGGUAAUGGUGGUGGUGCCGAUGGCUCGCACAAUUUGAUGCUUGGCGCAAAAGCGUCACUAACAGCAACUGCAAUAUCAAAUCAACCGCUACAGCGUCGUAACGAAGAUGCGCCCAAUAUUCUGGUGUACAAAAAGAUGGAGGCAAUCAUCGAGAAGAUGCAGGCAGAAUCAACGGGUGUAGCGGUGCGUACAGUAAAAGCAUUUAUGAGCAAAGUUCCCUCGGUGUUUACCGGUGCCGAUUUAGUCGCCUGGAUACUAAAGAAUCUCGAUGUUGAAGAUGUGACCGAGGCACUACAUUUUGCGCAUCUACUUGCCUCGCAUGGCUACAUUUUUCCCAUUGAUGAUCAUCAGCUGACAGUGAAAAAUGAUGGCACAUUUUAUAGAUUUCAAACACCCUACUUCUGGCCAUCGAAUUGCUGGGAACCCGAAAACACCGAUUAUGCUGUGUAUCUGUGCAAACGUACAAUGCAGAACAAAACUCGACUGGAAUUAGCUGAUUAUGAAGCGGAAAAUUUGGCUAAGCUACAGAAAAUGUUCUCACGCAAAUGGGAAUUCAUUUUCAUGCAGGCGGAGUCGCAAAGUAAAGUGGCGAAAAAACGUGAUAAACUGGAACGGAAGGUACUGGAUUCGCAAGAGCGCGCUUUCUGGGAUGUGCAUCGUCCAAUGCCUGGCUGUGUAAAUACCACCGAAAUCGAUAUUAAGAAAGCCUAUCGCCGUGGUGGUCACGGUUCGGGCACUUCCGGCGGUGCUGUGGCCAAGAACCCUGUCGAACAGGUGACGCGCGUGAUUGCGCUACGCAAGCAGAAACUCGAGCGACGCACAAUCAAGGUGUCGAAGGCGGCAGAGGCUCUGGUUGCCUACUACGAGCAAUACAAUGAAUUCGAUUACUUUAUUACAUCGCCAGAGCUACCCAAUCCCUGGCAAACAGACAGCACUGAAAUGUGGGAUGCGGAACGAAAUUCCAAAGAGGUUCCAUUGCGCCGCGUCAAGCGUUGGGGUUUCAGUUUACGUGAGCUACUUAACGAUCCAGUUGGGCGUGAACAAUUCUCGAAAUUUCUCGAAAAGGAAUAUAGUGGCGAGAACUUAAAGUUCUGGGAAUCGGUGCAGCAAAUGAAGACAUUACCGCAAUCUGAAAUCAAGGAAGCAAUACAGAAAAUCUGGCAAGAAUUUCUAGCACCCGAAGCACCCUGCCCAGUGAACGUCGAUUCCAAAUCGGUGGAAUUGGCACGCGAGGCAGUGAAUGCGGUUAACGGUCCAAAUCGCUGGUGCUUUGAUGUGGCCGCAGCGCACGUCUAUCAUCUCAUGAAGAGCGAUUCAUAUUCCCGUUAUCUGCGCUCGGAUAUGUACAAAGACUAUUUGAAUUGCUCGCGCAAGAAAAUCAAAUCAAUACCAAAUUUAUUUGGAGUGAAACGUUAGGAAGCUUAGGCAACGGCUGAAAUGAAGCUGUACCUACAUACGCCUGU